GGUCAAGGUAAAAUAUUACAGGUCAAUAAAUCGGCAAUAACUUUCCCUACCGGGAAUACUACGCGAUGCGGGCCUCUUGGGGGCUACACAACCUGGAUGCCUCGGGUUUCACACUGCGGCGCUGAUAGGAAUCAAUAAUUAUUUCUAGCUGAACCCAUCCAUACGAUCAUAAAACAUCAACUACGACGCGUCGAAAAUGGAUUCAUGUACUACAUGCCGCAACCUAGAGCCAUUACCGGGACUUUCUGGGGGAUUCAUAACCGGUGGCAGGGGUCAUGAGCUGGAGAGUUCAGCGCCCACCUGUCAGCUAUGCUCGAUCCUUUGGGAAGGCCUCCAGGCGUUCUGCCUGGCGAGCCUGGAAACAAUUCAUUGGAUGGUAUUACAUCAGGAAGAAGACCUAUUCCGCCUUCAGUAUAAAUUACCCGAAAGCGAAAAAUGGGUAGGCCUUCAUUACUAUACUAAGGACGCACACGAUCCGCUAUCUGGUAUUUUCAAACCGGCCAGCGAUCUUGAACCAAAUACUGCAUCCGAGAAAUACCUUGAUCAAAUGAAAGGGUGGAUUGACUAUUGCAACGAAAAGCAUGAUAUCUGUAGGAGUCGCCUGAACACCUAUCUUCCCACUAGAGUACUAGAUGUCUUACGGGAUCCCGAUUUUGUCUUUGUAUACGAGCCAAUUGAUACCGAUAAAGGCCCUUACAUAGCUCUGAGCCAUUGUUGGGGAGGGGCUGUCUCCUCCAUAACAACGACCGAGACACUGAACGAGAAGAAAGACGGAAUAUCAGUCGAGUCGUUACCGAGAACUUUCCAGGAUGCAAUAUUCGUUACUCGAAAGCUCCAAUGCCGUUAUCUUUGGAUCGAUUCCCUUUGUAUUAUACAGGACAGUCUUGAAGACUGGAAGAAUGAAGCAUCGCGCAUGGCAGACGUGUACGGCAAUUCGUAUGUGACUAUCGCGGCAACGGCAUCAGCUGAUAGUAAUGGUGGCUUAUUCUAUCGGCACGAUAUACUGGAUGCUCGACAUACCGCUAAGCGCUGCACUGAAGCAGGACAGCCCGUUAUUGUGAAUGUGCGUCCAACGUUGGAGCAUACACCGUACUUUUUCAGCACCCCUUACGGCCUAGAUCCAUCAAGGAGGGCGCCCCUACUCGAACGAUCUUGGUGUUUCCAAGAGUAUCUCCUAUCCCCACGCGUAUUAUCGUUUACGCAGUGGGAGAUACUUUGGGUAUGCCUAUCUAAGCGGUCGUGUAACUGCGGGACGUAUAACGAGAACAUACGCGAGAUUGUCUCCUCCAGUGACCUAAAGGCUAGGUUUGACUCCCAGCUUCUCAAAAGCUCGUCAAAGGAAUUACGCCUGCUGUGGGGAAAUAUAAUAGAAGCGUAUCUACUAAAGGAUGUAACAUACGAUACGGACAGAUUGCCUGCUUUGGCCGGAAUAGCACAGCUCUUCUACGAAAGGGGUCUUGGUCGGUAUGUAAAUGGUUUAUGGGAGACAAGUUUACUUUCCUACCUAUUUUGGGGAGUCAAUUGGUUGUUUGUCCAGAGCCAUAAGGUCAUUGCUAAACGAAAUACCGAUAAAGAGGUUCCAUCGUGGUCAUGGAUAUCGGUGUCCGGGUCAUUUGACGCGUCUAAAGCAGCCGUUGAGGGUAUCGAAAUACUUCAUAUCUCGUAUAUUCCAGAAGUGUCCAGGCCUCUUGCAGAGGUCUGUGCUAAAAAUAUAACUAUUCGAGGGUUAUUAUACCAGGCUCGUGCCUGGGUUCCAUCCGAUUAUAUAACGGGAAAACUCGGCAUACUCGACCCUCGGCGGUUCGUUCAAGUCGCAGAAACUCGAGAGGAGGAUUGGUAUGUCGACGUAACCUCGGAAUUAACAUGUGGAGCUGAAAGCCCAAUGGAUGUUUAUAUUCUUUGUGGUACAAAGGGCCCAGGACUCGUCCUUCGUCUUGUUGAAGAGGCGGAGUCUAUAUAUCGGAGGUUAGGUAGGAUAAAUAGGGUUCCGCCUAGAUUAAACGAACAGAAGCCUACGGUUAUUCAAUUAGUAUGAUAGCUUGAGCAGUAAUUCUAACCGAAAAAAAAGGAUAGUGGAACUCUUUGGCGUAAAGGAUAGGCAAGACUUUGAGUGAGGUUCCCAUAUAAUAGCGAGAGGUUUGAAAUACGUAGAGCAAAUAUACAGAGAAAACCAACAUCAGAUCCAUUCCCGUGGACCAGCUAUUCGUCACCAGGCAUAGCCUAG